AUGGAAAUUCCAGAAAAGUAUUAUAUAACCAGAAAAAAAUACGACUGCAUUAAUAUAUAUAGUUUUCUUUUUGCAUUAGGUUGGGGACAAAUGUUUGGUGAAGGAAAAUCCGCUCCAGUCCUGCAACAAGCUCGGAUGCCCGUCGUCUCCAACAGCGCAUGCGCAGCUAAACUGGACACUUCACCAAACGGCGGACUGCAUACGGAUAAUCGAACCUGGAUAGUAACUAGCAAAAUGCUAUGCGCGGGAGACGCGGGCAGAACUAAAACCAGUGGGUGCUUUGGAGAUAGCGGCGGGCCUUUUCAGUGUAAGAACACCGCUGGUCAGUGGGUAGUACAUGGAAUUGUUAGCUGGGGAGACCCGGACUGUUCAUCAAGUAAUCAUUAUACCGUGUUCACUCGGGUGAGCGUGUUCCGAAAGUGGAUCGAGCAGGUGCUGGAAAAAUCAAUGGCAUAG